GGAUUUGUGAUGUCCCUUGGAGGUCGAUUUAACCUCAACUAAGUCAACAUUGCCAAGACGCUAGUAUCGGACGGACCAGAAUGGUCUAGGUCGACCCGUUAUGACGAUGUCUCUCAAGCGACUCCUGAACGAGUCGGACUACACAGAUGUUCAUUACGCGGAACACUUGUACCCUCCCGAAUUGGAUCCGUUCGGAGCUUCUGACAACAGCUAUCCAAUUUUGCGGGAUCAAUCAUGGGAUAGCUACCUUGGCGAAACCCUCGGCACAGGGAGCUGCCAGGGCGACUGGGAUCAAGAACCUGAUGGAGAUUUUCUCAAUUCAGGAUCGUUUUUUUAUACCCAGAAAGAGAUGGCACAGUGGGCUGCGGAGAACCUCUCGUCAGCAACAGCUUCCACAACACCUCCAGUAGAACUCGAGCAUGAAAAAAUAUGUUAUGGAAUGAUUUAUCGGACCUCAGUAAAACUACGGGGGGAGAUGGCUGAACUUGAUGCUAAACUGGGUACUGGUGGUGGUUAUCCUGCUGAAGGAUAUCACAGCAUGAGGAUCGUCAAGUCAGGGGCCCAGAUUCUUGUAUCUUUCCCGGACAAUUUUGUCAUGGGGGAAGUGAAUACACAGCUUGAAAAGGCCCUUGAUGAAAUCAUUGGCCAACCGCUCAUCGAAUUCGAAGUGUUAACCCAUAUACGCUCAGCACGGGAAACCAUUAGCCGAGCGACGAAGGAGAAAGACGCUAUUGUUCGCGUCAACAUAAAUGUUUAUGGCCCCCGGAAUGCUGCCCCUCAAAUAGGAUCCAGCUUGUCCCAACACAAGGUGUAUCUGCAAAAACCCGACUUCCUCCGCAAAGGCUCAACGUACGAUAAUCCCCACGUCCUCAAGCUUCCCGAUUUCCAUCUGCCAAGCCAGGAGUGUAUCAUGCCUGUGGGGAUUGAGAAGAAGUCUGAAGCGGAUAAGGCGGACAUUUUCAAGAAGAAAAUUUUAGAAGUUUAUUCAUCGCUCAAGAGAGGUCAGCGGCUAGUUGGCUUAGAGGGAGACGAUCGUAUGAAAACGCCACUCUUGUUGCAUCAAAAAGAAGCCUUAGAAUUCUUAACGCAACGAGAAAAUGGUCCAAUCCCUGAUGAGUUUUCGCUUUGGAGAUCUGAUGACGUAGAUGGGCAACCUUGCUACCGACAUUCUAUCACAAACACGAUCUCGCGAAUUACGCCAGUAGAAACUGGAGGUGGGAUUCUGGCGGACGAUAUGGGAAUGGGUAAAACUUUGUCCAUCCUAGCCCUCAUCCUUAGGACGCUCGAGGAAGCCCACUCUUGGGUAUCCGAGCAUAACAGCACCAGCGACAUCUCGCCAGAAGCAAUCGUGGAACGAAAAUCCCGUCCUCGCGCAAGGGCUACAUUAAUUAUUGCCUCAUCAGAUCGUGAGAAACGCCAAUGGCCUCCUUCUCCUACCGAUAAUAUAGCUAAUCGAAGCGCAACAGUUAUGAUUAACGAGUGGUUUCAAGAAAUUGAUAGGCAUUUCCAUCGUCAAAUUAGUGGAGUCAUGAAGGUCAUCAAGUAUCAUGGUCAGAAUCGCGAAACAGAAAUCGCUAGGCUUUGUGAUGCGGACCUAAUCAUCACAACGUACCACACGCUUGCAUCAGAUUUCGCGGCCAAGCGGGACCUGUUGAACCGAAUUGAAUGGUAUAGGUUGGUACUUGAUGAGGCACACAUCAUUCGACGACAAUCUUCAACCCUGUAUCGAACCGUAGCCGAACUUAAAGCAAGGUCUCGGUGGUGUUUGACCGGGACGCCGAUUCAGAAUCGCCUCGAAGAUAUCGGCUCACUUUUCGCCUUUCUCAGAGUAUCUCCAUUUGAUAGCAUGUCGACGUUUCGAAAAUUUAUUGCAAUGCCUUUUGAUGAAGGCGAGAAGCGUAGUGAGAUCGCCAUCGAUCGCUUCACCCGACUACUGGAUUCCUUAUGCCUCCGGCGAACGAAGGAACUCCUUCAUUUGCCUGCCCAACAAGACAGAGUCAGACUCCUCGACUUCUCGAUCGAUGAAAGGCAGCAGUAUGAACAGACGAAGAAAAUGAUGAUCCGGGCUAUCCGCAACCAAGUCGGAACAUUCGACCACAAGAGCAUGCUCGGCAUGUUCCAGAUGCAACUGCAACUACGAAUUCUCUGCAACCACGGCACCUUUCAGCAACCGUUUUCCUGGAACCGCCGGAAUCUUCAUUUACUCGAUGAGCGAGAGGAUAUGGAAUGCUCACUUGGCCGGGAUGGUGAAGUAACGUGCACAACUUGCCGACAAGUCAUGCCGGUCAUUGGAUCUAGCUCAUUAUAUCGACGAUACACCGAUCAUUGUCGACAUGUUCUCUGCCUGGAGUGCAUUGAAGAGAGUAUGCCUAAUAGUCAGGGGACUGUGCUCACGGGCUGCCCCUUAUGCACCUCUCUUAUAGGUUCUUUGGCUAGUGCACCCUCUCAAUCCCAACCAUCAACGCAAGCUACAAAUUCAGACUCCGACAGCUACUUUCGAUCAGGCGGAUCCUCUUCGAAAAUGGUAGCUUUAAUGAACGACGUUCAAGAAAAUGUGUGGGCAACUAAAAGCAUCAUCUUCUCCCACUGGACACGCACUUUGGAUCUUAUCGAGACUUAUUUGAGGAGGUGUUCUAUUGCUUCCGCACGAAUAGAUGGUGAAUGCCCGACCGCGAAAAGGGAGAAAAUCUUGGACGAUUUCGCGAAGAAUCCGCUUCUGCGGGUCUUGAUCAUGACGACAGGAACUGGUGCAGUUGGUUUAAAUCUUGCAACAGCGAACCGCAUAUUUAUCGUCGAGCCUCAGUGGAACCCGAGCGUAGAGAAUCAAGCAAUUGCACGCGCUUUGCGACUCGGUCAGGAGCAAUCGGUGCAAGUGACCCGCUAUAUUAUGAAUCAGACAGUAGAGCAAGAAAUGCGUUCUCAGCAGGAUAGAAAGCUAAAAAUAGCUGGUAUUGGAUGGGAAUGAGCCAAAGCAGAGUUUAUGUAGUAUAGAGUACCCUAAGGUUGUGUCGCCACUCUUCUCAGUAUUGAAUCCCAAAG